CCCUGGCGUGUGCCCCAAAAUGGAAUUGGUGCGCACGUUUGCCCCCUGCAAUGACACCUGCAGAGAUGACCGAGAGUGCCCCCUCACCCAGAAGUGCUGCUUCACCGGGUGCAGCCGGGGCUGCAUGGACUCAGUUCGCAGUGACAGGUGCCAGUUGCCGCCCGAAGAUGGACCAUGCAUAACACACAUGACACGUUACUACUACAACCCGUCACAGAAGAAGUGCAACCAGUUCAAGUACGGUGGCUGCUGGGGCAACAGCAACACGUUUGAGACAAAGGAGGCCUGCGAGGAAGCCUGCGGAAAAAUCAGCCCAGAGGUUUGCAAGCUGCCAAAGGACUCUGGCCCAUGUGAGGCUUAUUCAGAAUCUUACUACUACAACGCAGCCACCAGGAAGUGUGAGAUAUUUGUCUAUGGCGGCUGCAGGGGGAAUGGCAAUCGAUUUCGUACCAUACUGGAGUGCAUGAUGGUCUGCGGAAUUUAG